AAUGGUAAAUUGUGGAAGAGAAUUUAAAAGAGGGAAUUGAGAAUAAUUUGUUUUGAUUGGGGAAAAAUAGAUUAUUCUCCCGAAAUCCUGCGCGAAGAACAAACGUUUAGUUAUUUCCUUUUUUUUUUAUCAACAAAAUAGUAAAAUUGAGUUAUUUCCUUAUAUUUGUUGAGUGUCGGUUAAUGAGGCGGGUUAUAAAUAGAGGUGGUGCAACGAGGUGAUUAAAGCUAUUACUUGUUUCUUUCUUUUUUUCUUCCCGAAAAAGCAACGAACAAAACGUGAGAGAGAGAGAGAGAGAGAGAGAGAGAGAGAGCAAUGAACACUUGUCGAAUAGUUCUCCAACGCAGGUUCCUUCCCGUGAGCAACUCCAAGAAGGAAAAAUUUGACAGAUUCAUACCGAACAGAGCAGCCAUGGAUUUCGACUAUGCUCACUUGGCUCUUAUGGAAGAAAGAGAAGAAGAAGAAGAGGUCAGUUCAUCCAGAAAAGCUUAUAGAAAGCAAUUGGCUGAGACUAUGGGUCUUAACCGAACUCGAAUCCUCGCAUUCACCAACAAACCACCUUCUUCUACUUCUCUUCACCAUCAGCAUCAGCAUCAGCAUGAGCCUCCUCGACGCAUUCCUCAGCGUCCCGAGAGAACUUUGGAUGCUCCUGGCCUUGUGGAUGACUUCUAUCUCAACGUUCUCGACUGGAGCAGUGCUAAUGUCCUAGCCGUUGCCUUGGCCAACUCUGUUUGUCUCUGGGAUGCUUCCACUGGCUCCGUGACUACGCUUGUCACGUAUGGUGAAGACCAAGGACCUGUCACAAGUCUAAACUGGGCGCAUGAUGGUAUCAACCUUGGAGUUGGGCUCAACAAUGGUCAAGUUCACAUUUGGGACUGUGUAACCAAGACUCUACUGAGAACAUUGCAAGGCUUCCACCACACACGAGUUGGGUCCUUGGCCUGGAACACUCAUAUAUUGACAACCGGAGGAAUGGACGGACGUAUCUUCAACAACGAUGUGCGGUUCAUGUCAUACCCUGUGUCUACUUACAAGGGUCACACUCAAGAGGUCUGUGGGCUCAAGUGGUCAGCAUCUGGUCAGCAACUAGCUAGCGGCGGAAACGACCGUCUAGUACAUAUAUGGGAUCGUUCUACUAGUACGCAGUGGCUGCACAGGCUCAGGGGGCAUACAUCUGCAGUUAAGGCUCUCGCUUGGUGUCCUUUCCAAAGCGAUUUGCUUGCAUCUGGCGGUGGUGCAGAAGAUAGGAAGAUCAAGUUCUGGAACACUCGCACAGGGGCUUGCUUGAAUUCGCUUGACACUGCUUCCCAAGUCUCUUCUCUCUUGUGGAGCAACAAUCAAAGAGAGCUGCUUUGCUCACAUGGGUCUCAGCUCACACUGUGGAAGUACCCGUCGAUGGUGAAAAUGGCUGAGCUCUCUGGUCAUACGUCAAGAGUUCUAUCUAUGACCCAGAGUCCAGAUGGUUGUACUGUAGUUUCAGCUGCAGGAGACGAGAAUCUGUGCUUUUGGAAUGUUUUUGGACUACCUCACACCACCGCCAAAAAAACUGUUCCAAAAGCAGCUCAUGAGCCGUUUUCUCAUGUCGCUCGUAUUCGUUGAAAACUCAACUACCAGAGGUUGACAAUGAAAAGAUAGAGUGCGAGGCUUCUGCAUAUCAGAAGAAACUUUUAAUGAAGAGGGUUGAGGAUUCGCUUGGAAACAUGAAGGUGCUGUUUUGUGCUCUGCGUAUUGUGUAUUCAGUUGUUUCUUAGUUAGUUUUCUUUUUACAGUCGCGUGCAGUGCACAACUCAGUGAUGGAGCUUCGGAAUAUAUAUCACAAUCAUCCAUAUCUCAGCCAACUUCAUACAGACGAGGUAAUAGAAAUUUACAUAAAUGCAAACAACUUCUGGUUAGGGAACUAAGGAAAGUUUUGAUGAAGGGUCUGCGUAAAUCACUCUCUCUCUCUCUGGUCAAUAGCUGAGCAUUAUCUGCCUCCGGUAAUAAGACUUGUGUGGGAAGCUUGAGAUGUUGGACCCGCUCUUACCCAUUAUCUUCCUGAGCAUUAUGCUGCGCCAGUGUUGCCUUAAAUGAUAUUAUAUCCCCAAGGAUAAUCAUUGCUUGUAGAAUAUAUUACCUGUGCAUAUAUAUAUAUAUAUAUAUAUCUGUUCCAAUUGAGGUUAAGGUUGGUGAAUCGUCAGGAUCCAAAAUUACAUCGGUUUGGAAAUAAAAUGAGAUGUUGUUGUCCAAGAUCAACCCGUCAGUUGUACAGUCGUCUGCCAGGAAAAAAGAAAUGAAACAUUAGGUAUUGGUGGUUCUGGAAGGAAACAAACUACUGAUGUUGCUCGUGUCAUUUUCAGAGAAAAGCAUAAAGUUGGGGAGCCUUCUGAAACAACGGUAACAAAUGAAAUAGAUGGAAAAUCCUCGGAAACGAUGAAUAUGCUCAUAGCCAAGACCAGCAUGGCGAGACGAGAACGAGGCUAAGAAGUUUAGUUACAGCUUGGAAGUUGGAGCUCACAGCUGUAAGCUGACGUGGCAAGGGAUUCCCAGAAGCAUCAGAGACGGUCACAGAAAAGUGCGUCAUAGUCAGUACAGAAGAGAAGAGUAGAUGAUGAUGAUGAUCCAUGAGGCCAAAGCAAAAUGGGGAAUAAGAAGAGAAUAAAGAUAUAAUAAGCUCUCUAAUGAUGGUUUUGAUUGGAACUGAAACGGAUCAUGUACAUAGCAGCAGUCUUGAGAGCUAUGAGAUUAGGUUGAAAACAUUAUGUUUUGAAAUAUUACGAACUCUUACUCUUGUAAUUUUCCUGAUUUGUUUGAAAAAUAAAAAGACAGUUUUCCU